UCCAUGUCUGUUGGUGGAUGCGUAUAAGCAAUUGUCGUCCUUGUUUUCUCAUUUCUCAUUAAUUUAUAACGAACAAGAAAAAAAUUCCAAAUUCUUCUUCUUUAUCCUUCUUUGAGCUACCCGAUAACGAUCUGUCUCGAAAGCGCCUUCUACGGUUUCCUUUUUUCCCCUUUUUUUCAGUUUUUUCUCCAUUGUCAAAUUUCUGAUCGACCAUUAAUCUCUCUCACGUUCUUACUGAGAAGGAAAACACCCGCAUUGGGUAUUUCGAUUCCUCUGAUUUUCUCCGAUUUUCAUUCGGCUCCUUCAAAUUUAGAUCUGAGGUCUAUUGAAGCAAGAAUAGUGAAUCGAAAAUGGGCAAAUUGGGUUCUUUACUAAAACACCCCGCGGAUUUGCCUGCCCUCGUAAAGCUCAAGUUUGCAUCUCUAUAUGCAGAGAAGCAGGUUCCACCAGAGCCACAUUGGGCCUUCUGUUACACCAUGCUCCAAAAGGUCUCACGAAGCUUUGCUCUCGUGAUCCAGCAACUUGAACCAGAGCUUCGGAAUGCUGUUUGCAUAUUUUACUUGGUUCUUCGUGGGCUUGAUACAGUAGAGGAUGAUACUAGCAUACCUGCUGAUGUCAAAUUACCAAUAUUGGAGUCUUUUCAUCGUCACAUAUAUGACGUCAAUUGGCACUUUUCAUGUGGUACAAAUCACUAUAAAAUGUUGAUGGAUCACUUCCAACACGUGGCAAGUUCAUUUCUGGAGCUUGGAAGAAGGUAUCAAGAGGCCAUUGAAGAUAUUACCAAAGGAAUGGGUGCAGGGAUGGCGAAAUUUAUUUGCAAGGAGGUGGAAACAAUCGAUGACUAUGAUGAGUAUUGCCACUAUGUGGCAGGACUUGUUGGGUUGGGAUUAUCCCGUCUCUUUUAUGCUUCUGGAACAGAAGAAUUCGCCCCAGAUUCUCUCUCAAAUUCAAUGGGCUUGUUCCUUCAGAAAACAAAUAUCAUUAGAGACUAUUUGGAGGACAUAAAUGAGGUGCCAAAGUCACGCAUGUUCUGGCCCCGAGAAAUAUGGAAUAAAUACGCCCUUAAACUAGAGGACUUCAAAUAUGAGGAAAACUCAUCAGAGGCAGUACGUUGUUUGAAUGAAAUGGUCACCAAUGCAUUAUUUCAUGUGGAGGAUUGCUUGAAGUACAUGUCUGCUUUAAGAGAUCCUGCAAUAUUCCGAUUUUGUGCCAUUCCUCAGAUCAUGGCAAUAGGGACUUUGGCUUUAUGCUAUAACAACGUUGAACUUUUUAGAGGAGUCGUGAGAAUGAGACGAGGUUUAGUUGCAAGGGUAAUGGAUGAAACGAGAUCAAUGGCUGAUGUGUAUGGUGCCUUCUUCGAUUUUUCAUGCAUGCUGAGUUCUAAGGUUGAUAAAGGCGACCCAAAUGCUACAAAAACUCUUGAUCGUGUAGAAGCAAUACAGAAGGCUUGCAGAGCCUCUGGGUCGCUUGAUAAAAGGAGGUCCUAUGCCAAUGAAAGCAAGACUCGGCAAAAUGUUGUACUGAUAAUUUUCUUCAUUAUUUUGAUGAUCAUGAUUGCUUAUUGGGUCAAGUGAUCAGAACUUUCAUGCCUGUGAUCCUUGCCCCACUUGUGCAUAUAACUUUGAUUAUGUGCCCUGCUUGUUUUGUUGUGGACACUACAUGAUUGAGCUGCAAUUUAAAUGUUACCUACUAGGUUUGGUUGGGUGAAAAUGCUACAUUAUUAAGUUGUAAUUUAUGUGCUUUCAGUAAAGGACACGGUUUCUAUGUGGCGGCA